UGGACAAACCCAAAGACAACACCUUCUUCAACUACGCUGGCUGCUGGUUGUACUGCAAUACAUAAACCAUCUGAACUAGCUUCAAUUACAUGUUUGGAGUUGGGUGAAGUGUGUAAAGAGGUUGGCCUUCCUCCUGGUGCCCUUAACAUUCUAACAGGGUUGGGACAAGAAGCAGGUGCUCCUUUGGUGUCUCAUCCUCAUGUUGACAAGAUUGCAUUUACAGGCAGUAAUGCCACAGGGCUUAAAAUCAUGACUGCUGCAGCCCAGCUUGUCAAGGAAACUGUGACCAACUUGAAGCAAACACAACCUCAAGUGGCAGAAUCAGCAAUGUGGUUGGAGGCCACUGGUGGUGUGAGGAAAGGGGGGUACGUUGCAGGAUUUGGGUCGAAUACCGCACACUACUUCCCCGAGGCUAUGAUACACAGGAAAUCCAAUAUUGGGUCAUCAACUUCACAUUCAUCUUGCGAAGCUCGAAUUAAGCAAUUAGAGGAGCAAAAUCAAGUGAUGCAACAGCAGCAACAAGAUAUGCAUGAGGAAAAUCGGAGGAUCUGUGAUAUCGUUCAGAAAAUGGAAGCAACACUUGCCCACCUUAGUGCAAAUCUUGGUAGUCUUGAUCAAGAUCCAAACAAAAAUAGCUCCAAUGAUGAUACACUAGCCCCCUCUAGUCAAGAUUAGAUAGCAUAUUAUUUGAAUGAUUUGAAAAUUUGUUUUGGAUGGUGAAACAUAGCUACAAACAAUAGCUGUAAUUUUGAUAGUGAAGCAACUGCUACAGUUUGGAUUUAAAUGAUUCUAAUGUUUGAUUCCCUUCAAUUGUUAA